AUAUUGCAAAGGCGUGGUUAUUUGUGUCUGCAAGAUUGGUAAAAAUUGGACUUAUUCUGGAUAAAGGACUUAUCUCUUGGUUUAUUGACUUCUGUCGUUGAAAAAUUUCCUUCCGUUCAUCUAAUUUGCACCAAAUAUUAAUUUUCAGGUUUACUGUUACUUUUAAAUUCAUUUUUGUUCUUGAUCUUGCAUUAGAAAGCUUGAUAACCCUUCAGAUUUGCAUGUGACAUUUGAGUGACUCUUGGAUUGAGUCUUCUAUCUGAAUCCUGAAAAAGAUGGUCCUUUAUAUUUGAGAAGUAACUUCGCAUGAAAAAAGGUUUGAUUUAUUUUUAGAUUUCUUUGUUUUAUAAUCGACUGACUUAAAUUUAUUACAAUUGGUGGAAUAACUUUAACGAAAAUGACUGACAAUGUUAGCAAUGCCAGUCCAUCCAGUGAUAAUGCUACCAGUGAUUCUCGUGAUUCAUUUAAAAGUGGUGGUGAAAAUGAUUUAAGCAAUGGUAAUAGUCAAAGCAACUCUAGUGACAAUAACAAAGGAGAAUACAAAGAGAAUGAAGACAUCGUGUUAGACAUUGGUGAUCAUUUUCUUGUAAGACGGAGUGAUAACACUUGGCACUCUGCUGAAGUCAUUGAAGUCAGAUCUAAUCCUCAAGAAGGAGGACGUUAUGAGUAUUAUGUUCAUUAUGAAGGAUUAAAUCGCCGUCUUGAUGAGUGGGUUGGUCGUGAUAGAGUAGACAUUAGCUCUGGUAGCCGUGCCAAAGCUGAAGCUGAUGCCAGAGCUGCUAAAGAAUCAGCUGUCAUUACUCCGCAAAUCACUGAUGAUGGAAAACCUGAGAGAAAAAUCACUCGAAACCAGAAGAGAAAGCACGAUGAGAUCAACCAUGUCCAAAAAACUUUCGCCGAAAUGGAUCCAACUACAGCUGCUUUAGAGCGGGAACACGAAGCCAUUACCAAGGUUAAAUAUGUCGAUAAAAUUCAAUUUGGAAAAUAUGAAAUUGAUGCAUGGUACUUCUCACCAUUCCCAGAAGACUACGGCAAACAACCAAAACUGUGGAUUUGCGAAUAUUGUAUAAAAUAUAUGAAACUAGAGAAAACAUACCGAUACCAUCAAGCUACUUGCUCUUGGCGACAGCCCCCUGGAAAAGAAAUAUACCGUAAAGGAACCAUUUCAGUGUACGAGGUUGAUGGAAGAGAGCACAAAAUUUACGCCCAAAAUUUAUGUCUAUUAGCAAAACUGUUUCUCGAUCAUAAAACUCUAUUUUUCGACGUUGAGCCUUUCCUAUUUUACAUUCUUUGUGAAGUUGAUAAUCAAGGUGCUCAUUUGGUUGGUUACUUUUCUAAAGAAAAAGAAUCGCCUGAUGGCAAUAACCUCGCUUGUAUUCUGACUUUGCCUCCCUACCAAAGGAAAGGUUACGGAAAAUUUUUAAUUGCAUUCAGUUAUGAAGUAUCCAAACUGGAAAAUGUUAUUGGAUCACCAGAAAAGCCACUUUCCGAUCUUGGAAAACUUAGUUACCGUAGUUAUUGGUCCUUCGUGUUGCUAGAGAUUUUACGUGACUUUCGUGGUACUCUUUCUAUUCGAGAUCUAAGCCAGAUGACAUCAAUUACUCAAAGUGACAUCAUUUCUACUUUACAAUCUCUAAACAUGGUAAAAUACUGGAAAGGUCAACACGUUAUUUGUGUUACUUCUAAACUAGUUGAGGAACAUCUGAAAAGUGCCCAAUAUAAAAAACCGAGAUUAACUGUUGAUGUUUCUUGCUUAAGAUGGGCUCCUCCCAAAAAAACCGUCAAAAAGAAAUGAGUCUGUUGAAGCUAAAAAGCACCAAACAUUCAACUGCUGCUCUGGACAUGGAUUUGCUUCGAUCACAUUUACUUGGAAGCUGAUAUCUUUUAAAGCAAAUUGGCAAUCAAGGUACAAGCACUAACAGAUUCUGAAACUGUAUAAACUUCUUCCUUUCAAAGAUAUUCAAUCUUAUUUAGAUUGAUGACUCCUGAUGGUCAUCUGUAUUCAAAAAUUGAAAUAUCGAUCACUUCACUGGUUUUGUUUUCCGUUUGAAUUAGGAACCUUGAAAGAAUCAAACUACUUUCAAUCAAUAUUUUCUUUUAAUAAUUUCACUCAUUGAAUGUCGAGACAAUAUUUACUGAAAGCUUGAUGUCGUUUUACAAAACUAGUUGUAACCAAAUCAUUUCACCAAUUGAACAAACUCUUGUAGUUUUGUUUUGGGUGAUUUUCUUUCAAAAAUUUAACUACUUAACGAAUCAAUUUCGAACAGUUUAGUUUUCAUGAACUUUAAUUUUAAGAAUAUUUAACCGUUCUUUCUUCUCUAUUUCUGUCAACCUGUCAUUUUAUCGGAUUCAAAGAUUCGAACAGUAAUGAAAUGAACUGUGAAGAUGAAAUGAUUAAAGUUUCACUUCUCGCAUUUAUCAAAUUCAACCAACUAACAAAAUUUUAAGAUUGAUUUGAAGCUUUUAAUAUUAGCUUCAGUAAAAUUCAUGAGUUGAAAAAAUUAUUGAAAUUAUCAUUGUUAGUUCUCCAAAUCUUUCAACUCUUAUUCAAACAUAAAACGACAUGAUUCCGGAUACAUAAUUCGUUGAAAUCAAUUAACCAUCCGCACUCAACUUCGUGAAGAAGCUAAUCACAAACUCAUCGAGGAAAUCUCCGAAAUUCAUCAUCUACAUGACCUAUCUUCAUUGUCUGUACUUCACUAGUCUUAGAAUAUCAACUAAACGUUUGACAGAUCACACCACUGGAUCAUCCUUUCCCCAUAUUCAACCGAUUCUUGCAUCUGCUGAAUCUGACCUAUCACUGAGGAAAAAAGCGAGGUGGAAAGAGUAAAAGUGUAUUAAACCAUCGAAAAAUAAAUCAUUUAUCUCUUUUCUAAUAAACAUUCUAUGAAGAUACACAAAAAAA